UUGCAUCAGCCUGAAAGCGCAGUUUCAGUAACGAGCAUUCGACCGAUGCCCAAUGAUCUCAAGAAAGCGGUGAAAAAUUUGCAUAUGAAUUGGUACAUCCACGCAGUCAAAGCUUUGUUCGGGCAGUUGGGCAAACAGCUGUACCAACAGCUAGCCGAAGGUAUACGAAAUAUUCUAAUACUCACAUGGGAACGAAAAACGCUUGCUUCGUGCUUGGAUAAGAUUGUGGAUGAGCGCGAUCUUGCAGCUGGUGCGAGAUGUUUAGUAAAAGCGCGGUAUAAAAUAACUCCACAAAAAUUUGGAAAAUCUUCGAAACCAAAAGACGAUUAUUCGCCAGCAUUUCUGUUAGCAAGUAACUCGAUGGAAGACGCUUCUUCUGCUUCGAAAGAUAGCCAUUUACCUAUUAAAUCGACAAAGAAAGCAAGGCACCAUCUGAUUAACAGCUACCGACUGCCUACAGAAAUUUCGUUGCCCCAAAAUUCGACGAAAUCUUAUCCGAAAAUUUCACAGUCUUCUAAACUGCGCAGAAAUGAGUCAAACAAAAGCCAACGACAAUUUGAAUAUUUUGAAGGGAAUCAUUUGAAAAUGAGACCUAUAAAGAGGUUGAGAACUACAAGAGUUUCAAACAGUCCAAAUCGGAUAAGAUGGCCAAAGAAAUUGAAGGUGGCGAAGAAAAAUGGGGCAAGCGCUAAAAAAUCAUCAAGCAGGUUGAGAGCAAGUCUAGCAGUUUUGGCAUAUGGGCCAAAAAAAGCAGGUCCAAAAAUUGAACCAGGACUAAUCGGGCCGAUAAAUGAGCUAGAACGGACACGAUCAGCAAGUAAGUUUAAGGCAAUGAAAGCCAGGUCAACUUCUUAUAUCACUGGGCCAACAAUUGCAAGCUUCUUUAAAGGGCUUCAGCGGCGAUCUAAACAUCGCAAAUCUACAAUCUCAUUAACAGAUAUCCUCAACGGAGCCAGAUGGCAUGCUGAGAAAACAAAACUUAAUAGCACUCAGGAGAUUUCGCGAAAGAAUUCUGAUCAUAAAUGGAAUCAGAACAGUGCACCAGUCAGUUUAUUCACAUUGACGAAUAGCACGAAUGCGGGUAUCCUGAUGCAACUGAAAGUUCUGGGGAAAGUAAGAAAUCGGAGCAAGCGCAGUCCGUAUCGACUGAUAUCAAAUCAAAUCAUGAAGAGUGACAACAUCAUCAUUGACGUAAGUUACUUCAGCGUCAGUUCGCCAAAACUUAUAAACCACCUGCCUUUUUUAUGCGCUUUCGUUGUGAGCUGCAGCGUUGCAGUGAGCGAAAACUCAUAUUGUCGAGAGAUCUGUGGUGUGUGCGUGUGUGUGUGUGUGGGAAGGGGGGGGAGACGAGGGGGACGGGGGAGAGAGGGGGUGAAAUUUGCCGCUCACUUUCAACUAAGCAACCAAGAAAGCUCCGAGGUGAGAUUUUGGGAGCGUGGUAUCAGCAUAAAUGUCAUCAUUGCAGCUAGCGCACUGUUUUCGAACGCUGAAAUGAAUAAGCAAGUUUCAUAG